AUGCCACCCAGGAAAACAAGAGCAUCCGCAAAGGCAGCCCAGCCGCCGCAGACACAAGAUCCGCCGACCAUGGCCGCCGACACCGAGGCGAACCCAGCACAGGCUCCAGCAGAGCAAGAAGUCGAACAACAGCCUAGCAGCAGCAAGUCAAAGGCAAAGGGGAGAGCCUCGAGACACCAGCCGCUAGUCGAAGAGCAAGAGCAAGACCCAUCCGCACCAGCCGAUCCACCGGCAGAGACCACCACAGCGCCACCAGACGAGGAAGAGGAACAAUCACCGCCCGCACCAGCAUCCCUCGCGGAACCAUUAGCAGCAUCACCAUCAGCGUCGAAAAUGAGCAUGGACGAGCGCAUGGCCAAGUUCUCCUCGCUCCGCAAAAAGAUGGCCGACUCGAGCAAGGCCAACCGCAAAGAUAUCCUCUCGGAGCAGGCCAAGGCCAGAUCACAGGCGGGCAGAAAGGGGAUGGCCCAGUCGCGCAAGAUGGCGGAGGCAGAGAAGUUGCUCGAGGAGAGGGAUCUCAAAGAAUCUGGCGAGGACGUCGAACGCCACCGCAACUUUGGCUACAGCAUCGAGGACAACGAGCGGUGGGAGGCCAAGCUGGCCGACAAGGAGCAGAGAAAGGACAAGGGGUUGAUGGACUUCAAGGACAUGGCGGAGCGCUCCUACCAGCGCCAGAUUCGAUCGAUGAAGCCCGACCUCUCGAGCUACGAAGCGCAGCGAGCCGCCCUCGAGUCGCAGUCGGCCGGCGGCCCCGCUUCCAGCUCCUCUUCGGCGCUCACCGUGCGUUCCGGCUCGGGCACAUCGGGCCAGGUGGUCCGGCGCGAGGACCUCUACCGCGACGCCUCGACCGUCUACUACGGCGACCACAAGCCGACCGACGAGGCCAUCGACCGCGUUGUGGGCCACCUCAACCUCGAACAGGAGCAGAUCAAGCGCAGGUCGCGCAUCCGCAAGGACGACACCGACGGCGAGGUCGAUUACAUCAACAAGAAGAACCAGCACUUUAACAAGAAGCUCAAGAGGUACUACGACGAGUACACAAAGGAGAUCCGCGAGAACUUCGAACGCGGCACUGCCCUCUGA